UCUUCAAAUGCAAGGACAGACAGCUUCACUGGAAUAUCAAGUAGAGACGUGGAAAUACGUUGACGAAUACAUACAAACGUGGUCGUUGUAUGAGCGCGCUAACCCAAGCUAAGCCCGAGGGUGCCAAAUAACGACUCGGCUGACCACCGCGCGAAUCGCCCCAAUUCUUGAGCCUUGACCUUGAGUUCCCAGCAUCAUCACAACCAUCACGACGGGCUCCAUACCGCCAUGAGCCUUGCGAAAUCUCCUUGUAGAUGCGUAGCGCCCACGUUGCACGAUGCAGAAAAAUAAAGUGCGCCGUCGUGUUCUCGCUUGCGCCAGGUGCAGGAAGAGAAAGCUUGCGUGCGACUUCAAAGUGCCAGACUGCACUCGAUGCGUGGAUGCCGGUGCAAGAUGCGUUGGCUUUGACUCCUCGACAGCUUCGACUCUGCCAUACCGGAGCAUAGCUGAUCAUUUGGAAGCUCACAUUGCCCGGCUGGAGGGAGCUCAGAGCCCAUCUUCAUCGAGACGCUUUGGUCAACUGUCACCAGCUACCUCAUAUGCUUCCGAAGCGCACCCAAGCUACUAUGGUGCGGAGAAAUGCGCUUUUGCCGACAGUCUUGUCAAUCAAGCCAUGGAAGACAUCACUCCCCCGUUUCUCGGUGUCUCCAAAGCGAGGCCCAUUUUACAGUGCGUUGUUAAGGGGACACAGCUGCCAUCCAGGAAAGGACCUGUGGGAUCCACUGAUCUCGACGAAAACCACCCGAGGUCAAUCAUCAACCCGCCGACUAUAAGUUUGUUUCGCGAUUUGAUUGCCGAUGAAAAUGGCGCGAAAAUUCUUUUCGAGAACUAUCUUGAACGAGUAAUCACGCAGUAUCCCAUAUACCAUCGGACUGAUGUAACGACAGCCUUCAACUCCAUCUACCCACAAAAGACAUCAAAGUCAUGCGAUGAUUCUAUUCGUAAUCAGUACAUCGUAUGCAUGAUCAUGGCCAUCUCCUUGAGUACGCACGCCCGGAAGAACGUGGUGAAGGCCAACCAGCAAGCGUACCAACUCGUUAGAUGCGCCAUGCAAUGGAUUCCCAAAGUUGCAACGAACGACAUUGCCGGCCUGCAGGCGAUCCUCCUCCUGACGCAGUACAUCUUCCUGAACCCUAGUAUGGCAGAUCUUUGGCUCUUGACGGGUCUAAUAAGCCAAUCGGUGAUAGAUCUGGGUCUUCAUCAAGAACUGCCCAACGACGCCCAAAUUUCUGACUACCAACGCGAUAUGCGCCGGCGCUUGUUUUGGUGCGCAUGGGAGAUGGAGGUCGGGGUAUGCUCCAUCUUUCUGUUUCCUACCAGCCUACCCAUCAAGGGUAUCCAAGUCAAAUUCCCUCUGGAGAUCGACGACACGGCUAUCACUCAGCACGGGACCGUCCCCGAAGGGCGAGUGUCGAAGUUCACCCAGCGAAUCAUAUGCAGCUUUCGACUCAUCGAAGCAGAGUCCGUCUCGGUCAUGUGGCACGAUGAGCCCAUUCCGAAGCGGUUUCAUUCUAUCGAGGCCUGGGGACAAAGCUGCAUUGACCGCAUUCACCAAUGGCAAAGAGAGAUUUACGCUGCAGCACGCGCAAACCAGGACCCAGGACUAUUGGCAAGAUGGGAAGAGAUGAUGCUGUACUCUGAUAUCGCUGUGCCAUACGUCUACUUCAUGCUCAACCGGCCCUCGAAACGCCUCCCGAUUCCCACUACAGAUCAGAGAAUGAUUGCAUUGGCAAAUGCUGUGAAGAUAGCUGCAGGCUACUUUAAACAGUCAGAGGCCGCUUCUGGGAGGAUCAAAUAUGUGUUCCACCCAUGUCAUCACGUCUUCCAUUGCGCCAUUGUCUUCCUGGAGGGCCUGCAAUAUUGCAAACAAGAGGUCCUUACCACGUUCCGCUGGGAACAAGUGGAGGAGUCGAUGAAUGUCUUCGCCGAGUGUUUUCGUUCGAUUCGCGAGCGUUGGACGGCUGCCACCCGCUGUCUCGAAGAGUAUGAGAGAUCCCUGGCCCCUGUCAAGAAGGAGUACAUGGACCUGUACGCUUCCAAGGCAAGCAUUAGCACGCUUGUAGUGCCUCAAUCUGCUACGCCAACGACAUGUGAUCAAACUAUGCACGAGAACCUGGGCCUCGCAACAACCGAGCCUGGAGGGGGUCUCUCCCACUGGAAUCUCUUCAACCCUACUGCAACAUCAGAGCCAAUCGAGCCGCUGAAUGCAUACGCACACACCACUACGCCUCGAGAUUGGAACGCUGAGUUCCACUUAUAUCCAAGUAUUGAGCACAUGCAUGGGAUGGAAGCACAAUGAGCUGCACGUCUCGAUCGUCACCAAAGUUGCGGUUGACUGAAGGACAGUCAACACCGUCACAACUUCUGAAACCUCGGAAUCGCGCUCCUUAUCACCGGCUUUCGUACAAGCCCAUGCAGAGGUGGAGUAGCAGAGUCAACUGGACAAGACGUGUGCAGGGAGGGAUAAUCACACCGGCACGAUUCAGGGUCAGGUAUGUCUAUUGCAGUUGCCGUGCCUGGCUACCUUCUCUCCUUCUGCACGCACCGUCACCGGUCUUCUGCGAGAUCUGGAUCAGCCUAUACAGGUCAACGACCCGUUGUUCAAACCUGUACAUUCAUUGCGACCAAAAGCACCUUCUACGAAGUGUAACGAAGGCUGAGGUCAAGCCAUAUGCCGGCAUUCCUAGUCACGAGUCGUCAUCCUGUGGCACAGUCGUUGGUUUCGGCAUACGAACAGA